AACCAGUUCAGUGAUUCCAGCUUCUACUGGGAUGACAGCUGAUCCCGUCGAGACUUCGGCAUCGGCAGCACCCCUGCCGUGUUGCAUAUGGUCUACAGUCUUCGUUUAAGUCGCCAGUGUUCGCAUUAGUGAUCUCAAGUUAAAAGUCAUGGCUAUUCUUAUGUCGCUAAAGUUGAUGCCAUAACUUAAGAGAAUAAAGUGACACCAUAUCAGCGGCCACGGGUCGGAUGUCUGGUCUAAGGAUCUAACGCACGAUCGUUAUACUUUUCCGCACGAAAACUUGAAAGCGUACAGGGGAUGAGUGAUGGAGGUGGGCUCGGUGGUCCGGGCGGUCUUUGAGUUUCUCCCCAGCGUCUCCGAGGAGCUGCCUCUCUUCGCGGGCGACGUCAUCGAGGUGCUCAGCGUGGUCGACGAGUUCUGGCUGCUCGGCAACAAGGAUGGAGUCACGGGCCAGUUCCCCAGCACCUUCGUGGAGGCGGUGCCCAUCCCCAGUACCAAGGCCGGGGACAGACUGUAUGUGUGCAUCAACGACUUCACCUCCAGCGAGCCCGGGACGCUCGCUCUAAAGAGAGGAGACGUGGUGGCCCCCGACUCCGGGGCCGCCACCCUGGACCUGGGCGCCCCCUGGCAGCGGGGCUGCUCGGCCUGGGGGGCCCGCGGGCUGCUGCCCUCCUCCUGCCUGAAGGAGCUCCAGCUCUCCUCCAGCUCCAGGCUGCUGUCGGAGCGCUGCGCCCAGGCCCAGGCGGCCGACCUGCCCCCCCACGCGCUGGGCCAGGCCCGGGCGCUCAUGAGCCUCCACGCGCAGCUCCACGAGGAGCUGGACUUCCGCCAGGGGGACCUCAUCGUCAUCACGGGCGUGCCCGAGCCGGGCUGGUUCCGGGGGGAGCUGCGGGGCCACACGGGGGUCUUUCCCGAGGGCUUCGUGGAGCUCGUGGGGCAGCUGCGGUCCCCCCUCACCCCCGAGUUCGGGGACCGCCGGCCGGAGCUGAAGUUCACCGACCGCGACCGGAGGCCCAACGGUGGGGUGGAGUACGAAGGGCCGGAGGACGAGGAGGACGAGGAGCAGGAGCAGGAGGAGGAGGAGGAGGAAGAGGACGAAGAGGUGAUGUCCGCAGAGGAGCACCAGCAGGAGGAGUUUGUCGUGGAAGAAGAAGAGGAGGUGGAGCAGGUGGAGGAGGAGCAGGAGGAGGAGGAAGAGGAGGAGGUGGAGGAGGGGGGGGUGUACGGAGUGGCGCUGUACGACUUCCGCGCCAUGGAAGCGGGGGAGCUGGACUUUGACGUGGGCGACCGCGUCCGCGUGGUCAACACUCUGGAGGACGGCUGGCUGGAGGGCGAGGUCAAAGGUCGCCGCGGCGUGUUCCCUCACCGCUUUGUGAAAAUGGAGGACAACGGGCUCGCGGCGGCGGUGGAGGCCGACGCCGCUCAGUUACUCCCCGGCGAGCCGGAGCAGGGCUCUGAUUGGACGACGUACGAGGACCACACGGUGUGGGACCUGGACUACUUUGAGCUGGCGGAGAAGAGGAGCACACAGGAAGACGCUAGCCGCGCUAGCGCCGGGCCUAGCACGCGGGCUAGCACACAGCUGGCGCCCCAGCGGCAGCCCCCCCGGCCGGCCGCCCCGGCCCAGCCAGGACCCAGGAGACCCCGCUCCGCUCCGCCGUCCAGACCCAGGCUGCCGCCGCGGCCUAGCCCGCCGUCACUAGGCAACAGGCGGCAUGUUAGCAUGGGCCCCACCGCCGCCACUAGCUCCUCCGCGGCGGCUAACGGUAAAGGCUCUCCAAAGGCUCCCACACCUUCACCACUACAGCAUCUCAGGCGCAUCCACAGCCUCACGCUGCCCAGCCGCCGGCGCGCCCAGGACACGGAGGCGUACCAGAGGGCGCCAGCAGAGGGCGCCACCACCGGCGGCAACGGGAAGGCGGCCGGCCUGGGCAAGGCGCUGAUCCGCAUCGUGGAGACCCAGCGGCAGAAGAAGAAGCUGACGCGCCACUCGAGCAUCAACGACGUGGACAUGACGGAGCGGCGCACGCCCUCCCCGCGGCCGGCGGGGCGCAGCCGGCUGCCCGGCUCGCUCACCCUGGACGCCCUGGGGCUGUCGGCCGGGGACCUGGAGUCCAAGCUGUCCCAGCAGCUCUUUGAGUUCCAGAGGAGCCUGACGCCGGCCACCGACGACCCCGCCGAGGUGUUCCCCGACGACGGCCGCGGCCAAGAGGACGACGACGGCGGCGAGGACCUCGGCGACCGAGCGCGCGUCUCGCGCCACUACUCCAUCCUGGACUACGGCACCGAGGGCGACAUCAUGCGGGGCUCCGCCCCCUCCCCCUCCCCCGCCCCUGCCCCCUCCCCGCCCCGCGGCUUCUUCUCCUCGUCGUCGUCGGCGCUGUCGUUGCUAGCGUCGUCGCUAGGGGAGAGAGGCAGGUCGCUGCGCCCGCCGCCGCCUCGCCCCCGGACCCUCCGCCCGCCGGCCCCCGCGGCGUACAGGCCGGCGCGCCCCGCCCCCCGGGCCCCCAGCCUGGCCCCCGGGCACCGGGCGCCCCGCCCCCCCGCCAGCCACACCCGCUUGUUCUACGACCCCGAGCCGGAGGCCACGCCCCCGACGCCGUCGGCAACGGAGGAAGGCGGCGAGUUCGGGGACCUGGCGGCGCUCCAGCGCGAGGAGGCGGAGCGCCACGAGCAGGAAGUGGAACGGCGACGGCAGGAAGCGGAGCGGGAGCUGGAGAGGCAGGCGGAGGAGGCGGAGAAGGAGGAGAGGCGGAGGGAGGAGGAGCAGCUGGAGGCAGAGGAGCGGGCGCAGGAGGAGUACCGCCUGUUGCUACGGAUACAGGAGGUGGAGCGCGACAUGGAGGAGUACGCGCACACGGCCGACGAGCUGCGCGCCAUGCUGGAGGAGGAGGAGGAGGAGAGGGGAGAGGAGGACGGGGAGGAGGAGGAGCAGGAGCAGGGGGAGGCCCGUCUGCAGGCCAUGGAGAACCUGGAGUUCUGCAACUACACCCUGGAGACCCUCACACUGGAGCUGCAGCAGCUGCAAGAGAUGACCCUGCUGUCGGCUGAACGCAAGUCCCUGGACUCCAGCCCUCUGUCGGACACGGCCCCCGCCACCGCCUCCGCCCUGGCCCCCGGCGGCCCCGCCCCCUCCCCCGGGGCCGAGGACCCCGAGCUGAGGAUGAUGGAGAAGCGGGAGAAGGUGGUGGAGGAGCUGCUGCAGACGGAGAAGGACUACAUCAAGGACCUGCAGAUGUGCGUCAGCGAGAUCGUGGAGCCGCUCCAGCGCAAGCAGGUGCAGAACGUGGACUAUGACGGCCUGUUCGGAAACAUCGGCUCGGUCAUCGACCUCUCACAGCGGCUCUUCCGCGAGCUGGAGGAGACUGACUCCAUCGGAAAGGUGUUUCUGGACUUUAAAUCUGAGCUUGAGGACGUGUACAAGAUCUACUGUCAGAACCACGACGACGCCAUCGCUCUGCUGGGGACCUACGAGAAGGACGAGAGCAUCCAGCGGCACGUCCUGGAGUGUCUGGAGAAGCUCAGGGCUGUCUAUCGAGCGUGGGGGAAGACCAACUACAUCAACCUGGGCUCCUUCCUCAUCAAGCCGGUGCAGAGGGUGAUGCGCUACCCCCUGCUGCUCAUGGAGCUCCUGGGGGCCACCCCCGAGGGCCACCACGACCACGCCCAGCUCUCGCUAGCCCUGCUGGCCGUCAAGGAGAUCAACGUCAACAUCAACGAGUACAAGCGCCGCAAGGACCUGGUGAUGAAGUACAGGAAAGGGGACGAGGACACGCUGAUAGACAAGAUCUCCAAGCUCAGCAUGCACUCCAUCAUCAAGAAGUCGAACCGUGUCAGCAGCCACAUCAAACACCUCACCGGCAUGUCCCCCCAGGUCAAGGACGAGGCGUUUGACGAGGCGGAGAAGAGGUUCCGUCUGCAGGAGAGGCUCAUCAAGUCCUUCAUCAGGGACAUCUCCCUCUACCUGCAGCACAUCCGCGAGUCUGCCUCGGUCAAAGUGUUGGCGGCCAUCAGCUUCUGUGACAUCUACACGGACCGCAGCUUCAUGGACCCCGAGUGCUUCCAGAGAGCUCACCGCUCCAUCAGCGACAAGCAGUUCACCCACUUUAAAGAGCGCACGGAGGCCCUCGUCACGGGGCCCCUGAACCAGCUGCUGCUCAUGUUCGCCGGGCCCCACAAGCUGAUCCAGAAGCGCUUCGACAAGCUGCUGGACUACGACGGCUGCAAGGAGCGCGCCGAGCGCAUGAAGGAGCGCCGCGCCCAGGAGGAGCUGCGCGCCGCGCGCAACAACUACGAGGCGCUCAACGCCCAGCUGCUGGACGAGCUGCCCAAGUUCCACACGGCGGCCGAGGAGCUGCUCACCGGCUGCGUGCGCGCCUUCGCCCGCGCACAGAAGGACUUUGUGAAGCGGACCCUCGGCGAGCUGAAGCCCCUGCUGCAGGUCUCCCGUCUCUGCAGCACGGAGGGGAACCUGGUGUCGGUGUUCCAGGAGGAGUACACUCGCGUCCUGAAGCUCCUCCAGAGCUUCAGCUUCUGCCCCGAGAAUCUGCCCGCCUCCUCCUCCACCACCACCGGCACCUCCACCUCCAUCUCCUCCUCGUCCUCGUCCUCCACCCUGCGGAAGACCUUCGACAAGAAGCCCAUGGAGAAGCAGAACUCCAAGAAACAGCUCCAGGGGCCGCCCAACUACAUCCCCCAGACGGACGAGCAGCGCUCGGGCCUGCUGGCGCGCUACACCCCGGAGAAGCUGUUCCGGGCGGAGAGGAACUUCAACGCGGCGCAGGACCUGGACAUGUCGGUGAUGGAGGGUGACCUGGUGGGGGUCAUCAAGCAGCAGGACCCUAUGGGCAGCAACAACCGCUGGCUCAUUGACAACGGAGUCACCAAGGGCUUCGUGUACAGCUCCUUCCUGAAGCCCUACAACCCGCGCCGCAGCCACUCGGACGUGUCCAUCGAGAGCCAGUCGUCCAACGAGUCGGGCUACGGCGGCUCCUCCCCCGUCUUCUCCCGCCAGAACAGCACCAGCACUUUGACCUUCAACCAGGAGGCCGCCACCGUCAGCUUCAGCGCCGCCCAGCCCUCGCCGCAGCCCUCCAUCGACUCCGCCUCCGUCACCGGGCGUCGCCACCGACGACGGGACGAGCCCGCCUCCCUCGACCCGACCGGGAGCGCCUCGGUUCCUCGGAGGGAAUACCCCCCGGAGCACGCGCUGCGGGACGCCACCGACGCCGCCGCCGCCGCCGUCGCCGCGGACGACCGCCACAGGCACGCGGCGCAUCACAGAGACUCCCAGGAGCGCCCGGGCCGGGCCGCGCCCGCCACGGCGCCCGAGCCAUCGGCCACGGACGCCCCUCACAGCCGGAGCGGCGGGAGUUUACAGCGCUACGCUCAGGCGGACGCGGGACCCGGCGGCGGGAACAACGGCGGUGGUUCCUCCCGGGGCCGUAGCCAUGGCGACAGCGGCGGCAGCCUGAGGGGGAACGCGUACGCCCGGGACGUGGAGUACAUGGAGCCGGAGCUGGAGCCGGAGGCCGAUAAGGAGAUAGACGGACACCAGAUCUACUACGCCCUCUACUCCUUCAGCGCCCGCUGUGCCAACGAGCUGACCAUCGCGGCCCACGAGCGCGUCCGCAUCCUCGAGUUCCACGACAUGAACGGCAACGGCGAAUGGUGGCUGGGGGAGGCGGGCGGUCGCCGCGGUUACGUCCCAUCCAACUACAUCCGCAAGUCCGAGUACACUUGAGGAAGGGGGCGGGGCCGGUGACGCCUCGGUUAGAUUCCCGACGGGACGCGUACGUUCCGCCAGAGGCUCUGGGCGUGCGUGAGCGUGCACGUGAGGGGGAGCGUGCACGUGAGCGAGCCCUGGACGCGAAGCUGUCGAGACAGUUUGAGCGGGAGUGGAAAGUGCCGCAGCACUACAAUUGAUCACAUGACUUCCGAACGCCUUCCGAUUGGACCGUUUUGGGACCUGAUGUUGUUGCUGAUAGUUCACUAGCCAGACUUCUCUUUAUUUUUUUAAGGAUUUGGACCGAGUGCUCUCACCUGCCAGUUGGACAGCUAGUGUUCUACAUGCCUAUAUUUAUAUAAAAACAACCUUGUUUUAUGAUGCAGUCUUUUUUAGUUGCUGGGAUCUCUGCGUAUCCGACCUGUUUUGUACCAGGUGACAAACCCGUAGGGAUUCGUCCGCAGGAAGUCCCUCACCACUAUGUCCACUACAUGUAUAUACAAGAAGAGCGAGAGAAGAACAAAAUGGUGUGAAACAGGAGAAUGAAUCGAACAAAAAAGCACGUGUGUGUGUGUGUGUGUGUGUGUGUGUGUGUGUGUGUGUGUGUGUGUGUGUGUGUGUGUGUGUGUGUGUGUGUGUGUGUGUGUGUGUGUGUGUGUGUGUGUGUGUGUGUGUGU